AUGGCACACCCCGCGCGGCAUUCCUCAAUGCUCUCCAUGAACAAUAGCGUGCAGACCGCUACGCCACAACCGGAAAAGCAGCUGCCCACACCACAGAUUCAGACUCCGUCACAAUCAACACCGGGACUCCGCGUCCCCUCAAACCGCAAAACGAUCUACGAUAGGCAUUUGAAUCGCAGUCGGAAUGCAGAGCUUAGCCGGGCGAGCUUCGCAUUUCUCUUCGGGGAGAUGGUCACGUAUGCUCAGCGGAGGGUCACGGGGAUCCAGGAUUUAGAGAGACGACUAAACGAACAAGGCUACCCCCUCGGCCUUCGCCUCCUCGACCUCCUCUUCUACCGCACAAUCUCCACAUCCUCCUCAUCAACCCUAACCAGCUCCUCAACCUCCGCCUCUCCCCCAAACCGCCCCCUCCGCAUCCUCCCCCUCCUCCACCUAAUCCACGGCCCCCUCUGGCGCCUCCUCUUCAACCGCCCCGCCGACGCCCUCGAACACUCGGUAUCGCCCGACACGCCAAACGAGUACAUGAUCACGGACAACGACCCGCUGGUCAACACGUACAUCAGCGUCCCCAAGGAGAUGAACCAGCUGAACUGCGCGGCGUUUGUAGCGGGGAUUAUUGAGGGUGUCUGUGAUGGGUGUGGGUUUGAGGCUAAGGUGACCGCGCAUAACCAGCCCACGGAGAUGUGGCCGAGUCGGACGAUCUUCUUGCUGAGGUUUGGGGAGAGUGUUAUGGAGAGGGAGAAGGUGCUUGAGAGAGCGGGGGUAAAAUGA